GUGCAAAAGCUGGAAGGAAGGCAACUUCACGGACCCAGUAUUCUACGCAAAAACAGCGCGAUUUACUUAUAGAACUUGUUUGUGAGAGAAAACGCAUUGUAUGUGAUAAAAGCCACGACCACAAGAUUACCCGGAAAAAGAAAGAAAUCUGGAAAGAAAUCACUGAUCUUUUUAAUGCUGCUGCUGUCGGCGAUAAAAUGACGGAAAAGCAAGUGAGGAAGAUGUGGGAGCGACUAAAGGGAAGGAAAAAACAUGCAAUGAAGAAAAAAGAGUUGCUCAAGACAGGGGGUGGUGUUCCUGCAGAAGAUGUAGAUGACAAGACAGCCAAAGUGUAUGACAUCAUAUAUGAUGAACUAAAAGAUCUUGACAAUGUGUUUGACAGCGAUCCUCUUACUGAUGAUACCCGAAUACAUGUCUCAAGUGUGUCUGCGGCUGAGGAUUUGGAAGACCUUCGACCAAGUUCUUCGAACAGUAGCAGACAGUCACCCCUACAAACUGAUGUUGAACAAAAAGGGAAAAAAGAAUGGAAAUUCAGCCCCGCUGCUGAAUGCUACGAACAGUCCCUAAAGAUGCAUGAAAGAGAGCAUGAAAUGGACAUGAAAAUAAAAGAAGCUCAGUUAGAGAGCGCCCAAGAGUUUAUUGUAGCCUGUAAAAGUAUUAAAUACUUUGUCGAAAGUGCUACUCAGGCAAUUAAAGAGGCUGCAGUUGCAGUACCAGAGGCAGCCAAGACAGUUUCUAGGAAGUAAUGAUUUUUUCUGUAUUUGUUAAAGUAUGACAAUACAAAGUUACAGAUUACCUUAUUCAUAAAUAUGAAUCUGUACAAAUAUUAACUUCCCUACAGUUGUUUUCUGUUGCAUAAGAAAGUAUAGAUUUGUACAUUUAUAUUGAAUGACAGAUGGCAGCAGAAAUUUGAUUUAAAAGUAAUGUAUUAAUUUUGUUUGUUUUCCUGUUUUAGUAUUGAAUAAAUAGCUUUAUCAAAACACCUCUGUAAAACCAAUAUAUAUAU